AGAGACGUUUCAGACAAUGGAAAAGAGACGUUCCCGUAACCGUCGUGCAAGAGAUUGAUGUGGUGAAUGCUUAACUAUAGAUGUUCCGGGAUUACUGUUGUAAAUUGUCAGAUUUUACAGUGCAUUUAAUAAAGUUACAUUUUGUGUAUCGGUUUGCGUAUUUAGCACAGCGGAUUACCUACAAAAUAUAGGUAACAUUACAUUCGUUAAGCGUACGGUUAUUAUUUUGAAAUCGAAAGUACUUUCGAUUUCAUAUAGACAUAUAACAGGUUUAUGGAAAAGCAAGGGAAUAAAUAUUAACUUAACCGAGAAGACUAAUAUUUAAUUUCAACGAGUAUUAUAGUAACGCUAAUAUUUUGUACCGAACAAUGCAAUAAAACUAUUUAGUAAUAUUAACAUACACAUAACAAUGGCUGAAGGAGGAAAUAUCGAUGCAGGUGUUAACGUGUCGAGUGACAUGACAGGAGAUUGUAUUGUCAUCCGAUCUUGCGAGCCAUGUAUGAGAAAGAAAUCUGCAAAUACAGCUUCUGUGAUCUGCAAAGUGUGCAACGAACAAAUUGUGUGGUCCGUGUAGUCAUCUUCACGUAAUAUAUAAACCUGGAGAACAUGAGAUGGUUGUCAUUGAAAAUGUGAAUUCAAUCCCUGUUGAGGUGAACAUGAAAGAUAUGAAUAUGUGCCAAGAGCACGGUAAAAAGAUCAAGUUUUUCUGUGAAGACCACUCAAAACUCUGCUGCAAUACCUGUGCGUUCAAACACAGGAAGUGCGACAACGUCGAUGAACUGGCUAGUAUAUCAAGCAAAGAAGGUCAAGAACUCCAACACUUGAACAAGACGCUUCUAAAACUUGAGAACGAAAUUGCCUCAAUCAUGGCGGAGUGUAAGCUAUCAGAAGAUGUAUUGAGUGAGACCACUGCGAGCAUUGCAAAACAGAUUGAUGAAAUGAGGGAUCGUAUUAUCGAGCUAUUUGAUAAGGCCAAAACAAAGAUGAUUGAAGAGGCGGUUACUUUUAAAGCGGACGAGAUAAAGCGUUUAGGCGAAAUAAAUAAAUCUUCUUCGAACAUGAAGGAAAACAUAAAUGAACUGCUUCCGGUUAGUUCUGCUCUUGUCGAACAUGGAACACCGCAACAAAAGUAUAUCAUGGCCAAAAUUAUCAAGGAGAAAAUAAAAGAUAUAACAAGCAAUAUAACCGAACAGCGAAGCAAAUUUGUCACUCCAACUGUUUCCUUAGACUUUUCAAAACAGUUAGUAUCCCUUCUUAAAGAAGAAGGCAUAAUAAAACUGCAAGUAGAGCGACACCAUACAGAUGUUGUGCAAAUAUAUUCGACGGAAAUACAAGAAUCUUCUGAAGUUAAAGAGGAAACAACAUAUUUACAUAAAGAUGUUGUGCAAAUAUAUUCGACGGAAAUACAAGAAUCUUCUGAAGUUAAAGAGGAAACAACAAAUUUACAUAAAGAUGUUGUGCAAACAUAUUUGACGGAAAUACAAGAAUCUUCUGAAGUUAAAGCGGAAACAACAAAUUUAAAUAAAGAUUGUUCAACUGACAGCGCUCAGUCAGAUCCGAAUAAACCAGUCACCAUGGAGCUGCUCGUGUCUGUAGAUAUCAAACAGACUGGAGAUGAUUUGUAUGAACCUUACCUCUCUGGGCUUGACUUCCUACCAGACGGGAGAUUGGUAGCCGUGGAAAACAUGAAUUGGAAAUGUAUCAUAAUGGAUGACCGACUACAGAUACUAGGAACGCCGUACAAGUUCAAUGCAUAUCCAUAUGACGUUGUAUGUUUGUCCCAGUGUGAGGUGGCGGUAACGACCAAUAGUAAGAAAGUGUGUCUCCUGUACGUGAGUUCUGACAAUGUCAUCAGUCUGACCAGGCAGAUAAACACAUCCACCUAUGUCUUCUCCAUAUGCUGCAUGACCCCAACUACCAUGGUCGUGAGCACAUACGAUGAUCCACGUCCAGUGAGAAUGAUAAACCAGACCGGUGUGGAGUCUGAUUUUGACCGUGUGCUGUUUAAUAAGAAGACGUACAAACAUGAAGACAGCAAAGCAAGUGCACGUAUGUCCCUUCAAAGAAAACGUUGGUACUGACUGAUACGGAUGCUCACACAGUGUACAUGUUCGACACCGUGAAGGGAACGUCUAGAGCAGUCACUAAUGAUAACAUACAGAAACCAAAGGGGGCCUGCGUCGGACCCGGUGACACGGUGCUGGUGUGCAGUAUGGCUAAGAACUCCAUCGUACACCUCACUGUUGAUGGGGACAUUCUAUGUACCUAUCAUGUAGAUAUGCAAAUGCCGUAUACCCUGUGUAUGAAAAAUGAUGGGAGCAGAUUGGUCGUGUCUGGUUGUAAAAAACGAAUGAAGAAAUUGAUGAUGUACACAUUAUCAUAAAUGACAUCAUACGUAGCUAUUAAUUAUAUCUACAAUUAUGCAUAUGCUACCUGUAUAAUUCUUUUUGAUUUUUGUUGUAAGGGACUAUCUAGGUUUAUGCUAUUUGGUUUGUAUUCUUGGUUAAAUAAGGAAUGUACAUACGCAUCCGUGUACAAACUGCAACUACACAAAUAAUACAUUUCAACAAAUUACAAGCAUGUGUGAUAGAUAAACGGUUAAUUUGUGUAUUAUGCACAUGUUUAAAGCAGAGAAGUCUCAUCUCUGUUUGAUGUAAAAUAUAACAGUUACUUUUCCUCAGUUACUAUAUGUUAAUUAUGAAAUAAUCAUUGUAUAAAUACUUUUCAACACAUGAUUCUGAACACAACCAUUUACUUUAGAAAUAUUUUAUAUAAUUAUAUCACAUUAUAAUAAUCACAAUUAAAAAGUA